AAUCUCAUUUGUUGCAGAUGUAUCACUUGUUGACGCCUUCUUCUGUCAAAACAAACCAAUCAGAGAGGGCCGUCAGUUCCAAAUAUGGUAGUGCCUUCUCUUAAGCCCGCCCCUCUUUGUUGGUUCGACCAAUGCGAUGCCGCCAAACGUUGGUGGCUGCCGGGGAUACGUGUAACGGAGGAAUACAGUAAAAGCAGGAGGGAGCGAGUAGGACCGUUUUAUCCCUAAUGAUUUCAUCAUGUGAGGGACUGAUGAAGCGUUCCUUAUCAGCAUGGAUUUGGAUUGUCUGAUACCGAGGCACCGUGUGGGCUGCUGACGGGGAGGAAUGCACAGAGGAGGAUCUGUCGUUUAUCUGAAAUCGGAGCCCCGGUGGAAAAUACGGUGCAGUUGGAUUAAUGACGGACGCGAUAUUCCAACGGAUGUACCCUCACAACGAAACGCUGAAAUCCACGAACUUGUGUCUGUGCUCCUCACGAGUUUGUCUUUUGGCAUCAACAUGUACUGUCCAACUCUGACAAACAAGAAGAAGCUCUUGUAGCCGGAGGAGGGAUUGCCUGCCCUGACUCUUCCUCCUCCUGGCCCUCCUGGGAUCAAUGACGGGACCCAACUCCCCAAGCCGGACCGGCACCACCCCGGCCAAGCUGAGCAGACACGGCCGGUCCAAGAGCACCAGCUCGCACUGUCUCCUCCGCUGCAGCACCCAGGAGGAGUCCUCCGCCUCUCCCCCGAACAACAGCUCCCGGUCCCCCGGGGAGGAAGAAGAGAAGGAUGGAGGGGUUCUGUUCUACGUUAACAGGACUGGUUUUCCCAUCGAGAGCGUCACCUGGGAGAGGAUGUGGUCCCAUGUCGCUGCUGUGCAUCCCGAGGGCCAGGAGAUGGUGGACAGGAUACGAAACGCUGCAUACCUUCCGAAGCAUGCUGUCCCUUCAGUCCCGACCUUCAAACCGUCCAUGUCGGUCCCAGACUGGCUGGUGGCCAUCCAGAACUACAUGAAGGCGCUGCAAUACAACCACACAGGAACCCAGUUCUUUGAAAUCAAGAAGAGCCGUCCACUCUGUGGGCUAAUGGAGACGGCAAGAGACAUGAUCAGGGAGUCUUUGCCAAUCAAAUGUCUUGAAGCCGUUAUCCUGGGAAUCUACCUGACCAACGGGCUGACGUCUCUCGAGCGUUUCCCCAUAAGCUUUAAGACCCAGUUUUCGGGCCACUGCUUCCACCACGUCGUGCUGGGCGUCUACUGCAACGGACGCUACGGGUCACUGGGCAUGAGCCGCCGCCAGGACCUGAUGGACAAACCGCUGACCCACCGCACACUGGGAGAACUGGUGGCCGAGUUCGAGAGCUCCUACAAGAGAUACCAGCACACUCUGAAGAAGGUGAAGAUCGGCCUGUAUGUGCCUCACGACCCCCACGUCUUCCAGCCAAUCGAGUGGAAGCAUUUGGUGCUGAACGCCGCCCGCCUGGGAGCUCAGGAGAUGAGGAAGGAGCUGGAGAAACACGGCCGGGACAUGAGGAUGAAGAUCCUGAAAUCGUCCAGUGCCCAGUCGCCAAUCAAGGAGCGGAGCCGGGGGAAAUCCUUAUCACCACGGCGACGACAGAGCAGCCCUCAGAGACGCUUCACACACCGCAGAGACAAAUCGCCGGCCUCGGUGGAGAGGAAGCCUCCAGAGCUCAGCACUCUCAGCGACGGCUACCAGAUCCGCAUCUGAUCCCAGAGGUCCCCCCGGAGCAUCACAGAGUCCGUCCAGCCACCUGUUCCCGUUCCCCUCCUGCCGCUGUGUUUUUAACAGAGGAGUCCCUGCAGGUGGGCCAUGAUCACACAAAUACACGUCUCAAGAGUCUGGACAGGAAGAACGUCUUCAAAGACUCAGACAAGACAACGACGGUCUGAUUUUCAUACUUCACGGUGGACUCUUGGCUGUCCAGACAAAGUGAAUUUAUUUCUAGAUUUUUUGAUCAUCUGGCAGGAAGCAGUCGAAGGCUGACAGCAAGCAUUUCUGUGAGUCCACCGUGAGUCUAAGAGAGCAGAAAAGGCAGAUGUUUGUUAGCACAAAUGGUUCAGAGAGACUUGAUGGAAGAGCGAGAACAAAAAGACGUCACACAACUUGAAAACUGAUUGAUUUGUUGGCGGGUUUGGCUGCCAGCGUCUACAGCAUACUUUGACUCCUGACAAGUCGAUAGCUUUUGUCCUGGAUGGGACGGGUUUUCAUUUUGCUGCUGGUGUUCCGACAUGGCGGCCUGAGGCCUACAGGAAGAGAGGCGAGACCCGACGGAGGUUCACGGGUGUGGUUGUUGUUGUCAUCUCACUGCUCGACCAGCUGCAGCACACAGAGAUCAGUAAGGGAAAGUUGUAGACACACUUUGACUUCUGCCGAACCAACAGCAGCUUAAAUACGAUGAAUAACUUCCACACGCAGCGUCUAUUGAUCAGAGUGGACGAGUCCAGAAUAAUGAGAGGACGUUCAAUAAAAUAUGCAGGGAAUUCAAAGACGCAGCUUUGAUAGAGAGGACAAGUGAGGAUAAAAGAGAGGAGGAAGAAGAAGAAGAAGAAGAGGUGGGGAUCAGAGGGAGAGAAGAUUCACUGCAGGAGAUCAGAGAACCACCAUUAGAGCACUGCGGCAAACCUCCUCCCCCUCCUCCUCCCCCUCCUCCGUCCUCUGUUGACACAUCUGAAAACAUAACCACAGCUCUGUUUCCAUCCAGCCUUUCUGAACCUCGGAAAGAAACUCCUCAAAUGACUCGAUCUCAAAUCCAGGAGUAAACAUCCACAGCGUUUGAUGAUGAAUAUGAAGAAAGGCUCCUGCUCCUUUUCUGCGUCGAGAUAAUGAAGCAGGUUCAGCGGUUUUGUCCAAUGAACCGACACCGAGCCGUGCGGUGCGGCAGAGGUGGAGGCGUCCCUACUUGGUGAAAGGGAUGAAAUUUUUUAGCUUUGCUUUUUUUAUGUCUUGAGAAAAACUGGAUACGUGUGCCUCCUCAGGCCUCUAAAUGAGACUAAAUGAGACUCAGCCCUCAGCUCGCCGGCCCACACUGAGUGAAGAAGUGAAGGCUGUUGGCUGAGUGAACACGUGUGUGUCGCAGACGGAUGGAAACACUCUGUCAGCAGUCCGGACUGCAGGGUUUGGCCGCGAUGUUAUUUUAUCAUUAUAUUACUGACAUUUGUCAGGUUUUAAUCUCAAUGAUGAAUUGUCUGAAAUGUCAGUGAGUCGUGUUUUCGGUGUUUGCAGGAGAUAAAUAAGAGUCAGUUUUAUCAGAGCAGCUCGAUGAAUCGCGUUUUCUCUCUGCGAGGCUUCGGUACCAAGUGACCUACGAUCUGUGGUAAGAUUUGUCCACAGAAAUCCAGUCGAGUUUUUUUUUUUUUUUGGAUUCUCCUGUUGAGGCCUUCGAUGAAUCCCAGCCUGAAAUCUGAAGUCACGCGUGUGCAGUGUGAUCGAUUUGAACCAGUUUGAGAGGCGGACAGGAAACAGGACUGAGAUCUCUGAAGUGAAAGCACAUGCUUGCUGACUGUAGCUGCCUGGAGAAGCAAAAAGCUUAAAUUCACGAUUUAAAAAGAAACAUGUUUUCUAACGGCUUCUCGACGUAGCACUGAGCUGAAGAUACUGUCUGCCUUCACAGGUUUUACAACAACUGACUUCUACAGUUUUCACCUGAAGGAUUAACUUGUGUUUCCUAAAAUCCAGUGCAAAGAUUCGGUCUGUUCGGUGAAGCUGCACCAGGCACGUUUGGAGAUUCGGUCGAAUUGGCAAUGAGCCAGGAGUCCUGAAGGUCCUGCUGUGACUCACGUGUCCAUGAGGACUGUGACCUCGUUAAAGGCGCCCUGUGAACGUUUUGGCCACUAGUGGCGCUGUGGAGCAAUGUUAGCUUCACCCACUGGCUUACAUAAAGACAGCAGAGGCAAGACUGAAUGACAGCAAGCAAACACGAUUUAAACAAAAUAAGUUUAAAAACUGGAAGGAGUGACGUGAAUUCAGCACAGGCGUCGAGGAAAGGUGACAGAAAUCUAAAAUUUCACAGGGAACCUUUAAGAGAACCCGAUCUUUGCAGCCAGUCUGUCAUUUAAACUGAUGCAAAUCUGCCUGGUGGAGCUUCAUGACCUGACACGCGUGUAAAAUGUAGUGAAAACCCUCAUUGUUUUGUCUUUGGUCACCUUGAUCACCAGCAGGACGCAGCGUUCAGACUGUUUCCGAGUAUUUUCAUUUGAUUGUUUCAUGACUUUUUCUCAAACAUUCAUCAUCCCAGCGUUUUGUUUCUACAACCAGCUAUGCACACGCCGUGUUAGAGAGCAGAUUAAGACAAAAAACCCCAAAUCCUCGUCUUCCACAACUCAAACAGCGGAGGAGGAAGGUGCACAGAAAUCAUUUCUGAGAAUGCUACUCUAACCGGGUUGUUCACAAAGCACGAACCACAGCUCCCCCUACAGGGUGCUGUGGGAAAACGCAGCGUGUUUUUACAUGUGAUGUUCGGCCAGUGGGGGACCACAGCACAGCCGGAGACGGAGAUCAGACCGACUCGGCGUGAACCAGCCAGCUCAACGCCUUCGUUUUUGUACCGACGGUUAAGCGUUGAUUCUUUCUACGGGCAGAAGCACAACGCGGACAAACGGAUGGAAGAAUUGAUGCGUUUUCUCAGUGCAGAAGCAGCUCAUGCGGGAGUACGCUUUGAGGCGAGACAAACUGACUUUUGUGUUUUCUCUUGGUGCAAAAAAUGAAACGUCUGAUUUAAAGAAACGGGGAUUUGACCCAACAACAGCGACAAACUACCUGACUGAUCGGCACGGACUCGGCAGCGGUGAACCGGCGAGCUGGAACAGCGAGAAGUCGUGUUGUGUGCUCAGCGGUUUAUCUUACUGAAUGUUUUCUUUGCUUUGUUUAAACACGUUUGUGGUUUGACUUUUGUCUGUUUCCUGAAGACUUUUGGGUUUGCAUUUUGAAUGAGCAGCGUUUGUUUGAAAAGAGAAAGAACUCGGAGAUGAUCUUUUUGAUGGCCUUUGAUUUGUUUCCAAAGUGCUAAAAAAAAACAAACUCAGUCACGUCCUGAACUUCCUGUACUGUGAAAUGUACUGCAGUAGUAUUGUGGGGACUUUGAACACACUGGACACAAAUGUGAUGAAACUAAGAUCUUGAGCUUUUUGUCACUAGUAUUGUUUUCUGUCACAUGGUCUCCUGAUCCUGCAGCCUCCUUACACUCCAGCUGUGGACAUAUGAAGAUGGCCGACAUAUCAAUAAAAAAUCCAAAAGUUCCUUGUUACACAUGA